AUGUUAGGGCGAAAGCAAAGCCUUAAGGGCGAGCCCGUGUUAGCAGAUUAUGGACCCGAGGAGUCAUUAAAUGAAAGCGCAGAUAUAGAAUGGGUAAACAAGCUGUGGGUGAGAAGAAUCUUAAGAUUUUGUGCACUAUUGAGUUUAAUAUCUGUAUCGUUGAACACUCCUAAAACCUUUGAAAAAUGUUCAGUUAUGCAAAUUAUUACAUUUGCUGUGGAUUGCACUGUAACACUCCUAUUUACAGCUGAAAUGAUUGCAAAAAUGCAUAUUAGAGGAAUUUUAAAGGGUGAUGUUGCCUAUUUGAAAGAUCAUUGGUGCCAAUUUGAUGCUUCCAUGGUAUUUUUCCUUUGGGUAUCAGUUUUACUGCAAAUGUUUGAAUUGACUGGUAUUGUGCCAAGAUAUAGCUAUUUAAGUAUUCUCCGUGCUCCUCGUCCUCUGAUUAUGAUUCGAUUUUUACGAGUUUUCCUUAAGUUCUCCAUGCCAAAGUCCAGAAUCAAUCAAAUCUUCAAGAGAUCAAGCCAACAAAUCUACAAUGUAACCCUCUUCUUUCUUUUUUUCAUGUCCCUUUACAGUUUGUUGGGGGUACAGUUCUUUGGUGAAUUGACCCACCACUGUGUGAGAAAUGAUACUGAUCCAAAUGAAAUUACAAUAAACUCACUAGCAAUUCCUGACACUUUUUGUUCGCCAGAACCGAAUUCUGGCUACCAGUGCUCUAAAGGGAUGAAGUGCAUUAAGCUCAAUUUGUCUAAAUAUAUAAUGGGCUUUAAUGGAUUUGAAGAAUUUGCAACAAGCCUUUUUACUGUAUAUCAGGCGUCAUCCCAAGAAGGAUGGGUUUUUAUUAUGUAUCGCGCUAUAGAUUCGUUGCCAACAUGGAGAUCUGCUUUGUACUUUAGCACUAUGAUUUUCUUUCUUGCUUGGCUAGUAAAGAAUGUAUUUAUUGCUGUGAUAACGGAAACGUUUAAUGAAAUAAGGGUUCAGUUCCAACAAAUGUGGGGAGUAAGAAAUCCAAUAACAAAGAGUAGCACAACUCAGUUCUUUACUGGCGAUGACAGUGGCUGGAGACUCGUCACAAUCGAUGAGAAUAAACAUUCAGGGAGUGCACCGGAAAUCCUUCACAAAAUGCUUCGAUCUGCUUACUUCCGCCUUCUAGUCAUGGGCAUCGUAUUGGCGAAUGGUAUUAUAACAGCUACUAUGGAUUUCAAGCACGACGACAAUCCCCGUGAAUUCUUUUACGAAAAGUAUUAUUAUAUAGAGAUCGCCUUCACCAUUUUCCUGGAUUUGGAAGCGCUUAUGAAGAUAUGGUGCCUCGGAUGGAAGGGAUAUUUUAAGCAUUCAGUGCAUAAGUUUGAAUUACUGCUAGCUAUUGGAACGACGAUUCACAUCAUACCACAGUUGUAUAUGUCUGGAUUCACUUAUUUUCAGGUUUUGCGCAUAGUGCGAUUGAUAAAGGCCUCACCACUCUUGGAAGGAUUUGUCUACAAAAUAUUUGGUCCUGGCAAAAAACUCGGAAGCCUCAUAAUAUUCACUAUGUGCUUACUCAUAAUAAGUUCAUCUAUAUCUAUGCAACUCUUCUGUUUCCUGUGUGAGUUCACCAAAUUCGAGACAUUUCCUGAGGCGUUCAUGUCCAUGUUCCAAAUAUUGACACAAGAAGCUUGGGUUGAAGUAAUGGAUGAGACAAUGGUUCGCACAAGUCAGACCCUAACCCCAUUGGUCGCUAUUUAUUUCAUUUUAUAUCACUUAUUCGUCACCCUGAUAGUGUUAUCACUCUUCGUAGCGGUAAUUCUCGACAACUUGGAACUCGACGAGGACAUUAAAAAGUUGAAGCAGCUCCGAUACAGGCAACAAAGCGCGGAGAUUAAGGAGACUUUGCCCUUUAGAUUGCGAAUAUUCGAGAAGUUCCCGGAUAGUCCACAGAUGACUAAAUUACAUAAGGUCCCAGGGGACUUUAAUUUACCAAAGGUGCGAGAAUCGUUCAUGCGGCAGUUUGUGUGUGAAGUUGAGGGUGACGAAGAAGUCGGAAUGGUGGGUGGCCCUAUUGUUGGGCGCGCAACAUCUGGGGAUCUGUCUCGACGCGCAUUUGAGUAUAUCGGAGUUGACAAGAUUGCUUUUCCAUAUCGAAAGCGAUGUCUAGUCAAAACCCUCGUGGUGGCGCCACCGUCGCAGCGACCCAGCUCCGCUUUGAGAAGACAUGUCGUAGAUUUUUUGUUGAAUUUCGUUGCAAGUGACUCUAAUAAUCACCGUCGGCUGGUACUUGGGGAUUCGGCGCUAUUAGCCACAGGAGGGAAAUCCGGUUUGAAGUCUCAAGGAACUGUAUCUAGCGCUAAACAACUUCGAGUCGAUCAGAAAAACAGAUUCGGGUCCAGAUCAAUUCGGCGUUCGGUCCGCAGCGGGUCAAUCAAGCUAAAGCAAACAUACGAGCACUUACUAGAGAACGGUGAUAUUGGCGCAGCAUCUCGGGUGGUGCCAUCAUCUCGUGCACGUCCUCCGUACUUGGAUAUACGCCUCCUGCAGGCUAAACGGCAACAGGCCGAAAUGAGGAGGAAUCAACGCGAAGAAGAUCUUAGAGAAAACCAUCCAUUGUUCGACACCCCACUUCUGAUAGUGCCCAGAGAGUCCCGUUUUCGCAAGAUAUGUCGCGCAAUAGUCGACGCGAGAUACGACGCUCGUCUCAGAGAUCCCGUCACUGGAAAUGAGAGAAAAGUCCAUUACAAAAGUUUUCAUAAUUUCCUAGGACUUGUGACAUAUUUGGACUGGGUGAUGAUAAUGGUAACUACGCUUUCGUGCGUGUCCAUGAUGUUUGAAACGCCAACCUAUCGAGUUAUGGAUAAUUUCGUUCUACAGAUUGCUGAAUAUGGUUUCGUAAUAUUUAUGAGCUUCGAGUUAGCUCUGAAGAUUCUUGCUGACGGUCUAUUCUUCACUCCGAAGGCCUAUCUCAAAGACGCGGCAGCGGUGUUAGAUGUUUUUAUUUAUAUUGUGUCGUUAACAUUCCUUUGUUGGAUGCCGGCCCGAGUGCGCGCUGGAUCCGCUGCGCAGAUGUUGCUAAUCCUGCGUUGCGUACGCCCGCUGCGUAUAUUCACUCUAGUACCGCACAUGCGCAAAGUGGUCUACGAACUGUGCCGUGGCUUUAAGGAAAUACUACUUGUAUCAACUCUGCUUAUUUUACUGAUGUUCGUCUUUGCGAGUUACGGAGUGCAGUUAUAUGGGGGUCGGUUGGCGCGUUGCAACGAUCCAACGAUAACGCGACGCGAAGAUUGCGUCGGAGUUUUUAUGCGACGAGUGUUCGUUACGAAAAUGAAAAUCAGACCCGGACCGAACGAAACCUUUCCGUCUAUGCUUGUACCUCGCGUGUGGGCAAAUCCAAAACGCUUUAAUUUUGACAAUAUCAGAGACGCACUUCUUACUCUAUUCGAAGUAUUGUCUUUUAAAGGAUGGCUAGAUGUACGAGAUGUGCUGAUCAAGGCAUUGGGUCCGUUGCACGCGAUAUAUAUCCACGUAUAUAUAUUUCUCGGGUGUAUGAUUGGGCUUACCCUAUUUGUGGGCGUGGUUAUCGCAAACUAUUCUGAAAACAAGGGUACAGCCUUGCUAACUGUCGACCAAAGGAGGUGGUGUGACUUGAAAAAGAGAUUGAAAAUAGCUCAACCACUCCAUCUUCCUCCUAGACCAGACGGUAGAAAAGUGCGCGCGUUCGCAUAUGACGUCACCCAAAAUCUAACCUUCAAACGUGUCAUAGCAAUCGUUGUGCUUAUUAACAGCGGCCUUCUCGCUGUUACUUGGUCUCGUCACUCUCCAAAUACUGAGCGUCUCGCACUUACCUCGGCGCUUCUCACACUGGUGUUCGUUGUGGAGGUCCUAUUGAAGACUAUAGCUUUCACCCCCCGUGGCUAUUGGCAGAGCCGCCGAAACCGAUAUGACCUCCUCGUUACUGUCGCUGGCUGUAUCUGGAUCUUUAUGCACUUUACUUUAAAGAAUGACCUGUCUUACUUCGUGGGAUUCAUGGUGGUGAUCCUGCGAUUCUUCACGAUCACGGGCAAGCACACGACGCUGAAAAUGUUGAUGCUGACCGUCGGUGUCAGUGUAUGCAAGAGUUUCUUCAUCAUAUUCGGGAUGUUCUUGCUUGUGUUCUUCUAUGCUCUGGCGGGGACUAUUGUCUUUGGCAACGUCAAAUACGGCGAAGGGAUUGGAAGGCGGGCAAACUUCAACUCACCCAUACACAGUGUGGCAAUGCUGUUCCGAAUUGUGACCGGGGAGGACUGGAACAAGAUAAUGCACGACUGUAUGGUGGCGCCACCCUAUUGCACCCCUGCUGAUAACUAUUGGGAGACGGACUGCGGGAACUUCACAGCAUCGCUCGCUUACUUCUGCACUUUCUACGUGAUUAUAACCUACAUCGUGCUAAAUCUACUCGUCGCUAUUAUCAUGGAGAACUUUUCUCUUUUCUACUCGAAUGAAGAAGAUGCCCUUCUAUCUUACGCCGAUAUCAGAAACUUCCAGAAUACAUGGAACAUUGUAGAUGUUCAUCAAAAAGGUGUUAUUCCCGUUAGAAAAGUGAAGUUUAUUCUACGCCUCCUAAAGGGACGGUUAGAAUGUGACACGCACAAGGAGAGACUGCUCUUCAAAUACAUGUGUUAUGAGCUGGAGCGUCUGCACAACGGUGAGGAUGUGACUUUCCAUGACGUCAUCAAUAUGUUAUCCUACCGCACGGUCGAUAUAAGGAAGUCGCUACAAAUGGAGGAGUUGUUAGCGCGGGAAGAGUUUGAGUUCCUAAUUGAGGAGGAGGUCGCCAAGCAAACAAUUCGCACUUGGCUCGAAGGGUGCCUGAAGAAGAUACGCGCCAACACCAGCAAACAACAAACUAGUCUUAUAGCGGGCUUGCGGAAAACCAACGAACAACUUCUCGACCUACCAAAUGAGAAGGCCGAAAAAGAAAAACCAGAUGUGGAAGCUCAACAAGCCACAGCAAACACGGGCCGUGCAGAGAUAACAGAAUCUACAUCUCAGCCUAUAAUAUCAAAUAUCGCAACAUCGUUAGAUUCGCAGCCGAAAAGACCUUCAACAAAAAAUCAGUUGAAGAGAACAGGACUACCAUCCGUUACUAUACCAAGGCCCGAGAGUCCCAUUAAGAAGUAUCUUCAACCAACGCUGAGUGAUCCGCAUCCCGCACUCAACAAAAAGCAAACACCACCGGUGAAAAGCAAUCGUGUUUCGGUCUCUGUGUCUGUGUGCGGUGCAGCGCGCGAGCAGGCUGCCAUAACACAUGUACUGUCAUGGUGGGGCAACGCACUCGCCGACAGAGACCCCGCUUCGACGUGUGCCCCUUGUGCAGAGUAG